AUGUUCUUCCUCCUUCUCUCUCCAGUCUUGGUUAUCUAACAACGACAAAAAACGCUAAAAACUUCGCCUUUGGUUUGAAAACGUAACUUUCGUUGUAAGACAAUUUUCACAGAAACAAUAAAGUUAUAAACUGAAAACUGCAAUAUUUAUGUAAGCAUCUUUUAUACCUGAAGUAAAUAAUUCCGGGUUUAAAAAUACAAUCGACCAGAAGAAAAUAAUAAGAAAAUGUGGCGAUUUCUAGUUCAGAAUCUUAGAAAUCAUGAUAAGCAACUCUACAAAAUAGAUGAGGUUCCUGAGUAUCAAAGGUUUAAUCCUUACAUUAGAACAGGAUACAGGUCUUCACAAACCUACCUACAGUGCCUUAAGUCUUUGCUGUAUUUCCACAAUGAAACGAUGAAUAUUUGGACUCAUGUUCUUGGAUUUCUUGCCUUCGGAACCCUUCUUGCCUGGGAUAUGUAUGCUCCGCCUAGUAAAGUAUCCUGGGAGGAUUUUGCUGUGAUCCUCUGCAUUAUAACGUGCUACCAGGCCUGUAUGAUCCUCUCAGCUGUUUAUCACACCUUCACGGCACACUCCAAGCAAGUGUCUGACACCUGCCUUUGCCUUGAUCUAGCCGGAAUUGCAGCUUCUAUAACAGCUUCCUAUGUUUCUGGAAUCUACUAUGCCUUCUUCUGCUCUCCUGAUUGGAGAAACUUUUACCUUGUAACAGUAGGAAUAAUCAUUACUCUUGGACUCCUCUUCAGAAAUAUUCUAAAGAACGAUAAAUAUGUCAAAAUUAGAUUGGUUUACUUUGUACUCUGGGCCUUGUACGGUACUGUACCAGCCCUGCAUUGGGUCUAUCUCAGUGGAGGUUUUGGAGAUGAGAUUGUAAGAAUAUUUUUGCCACGAAUUGUGAUAAUGUACGCAAUCAGUGGGUUAGCUUUCCUCUUCUAUAUCGGGAAAAUACCUGAAAGGUUUGGUCCUGGAAAGUUCGACUAUCUAGGGAGUUCUCAUCAGUGGUGGCAUGUUCUGAUCUUCCUCUGUCUGGCCUACUGGCACAAUACAGGGUUCACCUUCGCAGAAUUCAGACUGGAAAAUCAAUGUGCUCCAAGCAUAGACCCAGCACUGAAGCAGAGAAUACUGGAAAAGUUUUGGAUCAACUUUUAAUAUUUUUGGCUUCCACAAGUUCACAGAGUACAUUUAAAUUAUGAAGCAUCUUUGCAAACAUACAUAAUGAAUAUGUGUUUUAUGUAUGGUAGAAAGUAAUUAUAAAGUAUAUUGUAUGUUGUAUGUUCAAUUUAAGUAAACAAAGUUAUGUCAGUUU